UGCCAGCCCCGCUGAUGCACAGCUCCUGCCCUAUGGCACGGAAUUUCUCCCCCACUAGUUCCUGGAGGUCUCAGCCUCCCCUCUGCCAUGCUCCAGGGGGCUGGUGCCCGUGGACCCAGGAUUCACACCUGGACUUCGCCAGCAGAGGGUCCUGUAUCGUGCCAUUGGAUACCUGGCUUUGCAUGCCCAGGGCAACGGGUUGGUGCUGGCCUUGCCCGGGGUGUGUGCAGGGGAGGGAGCUGGCUUGGGUGCCAGUGUGCAGCGGGGACAGGCAGUGCCCUAUGCCUGAUGGCUCUGUGUUGCUCCCUCUCUGCCCCUCCCCCAGUCCUGCAGGAGGCCGUCAGCACCGGGGACCCUGAGAUGGUGCAGCUGGUGCUCCAAUACCGCGACUACCAGCGUGCCACCAACCGCCUGGCUGGCAUCCCCGAGCUGCUCAACAAACUGCGCAAGGCCCCUGAUUUCUACGUGGAGAUGAAGUGGGAAUUCACCAGCUGGGUGCCCCUGGUCUCCAAAGUGUGCCCGAGUGAUGUGUACCGGGUGUGGAAGCGCGGCGAGAGCCUGCGGGUCGACACCACCCUGCUGGGCUUCGAGCACAUGACCUGGCAGCGUGGGCGGCGCAGCUAUAUCUUCAAGGGGGAAGAGGAGGGUGCCGUGGUGAUGGAGGUGGAUCACGACAAGCAGGUGGUCUACACGGAGACGCUGUCGCUUGCCCUUCACGAGCCGGAGCUGAUGCUGGCUGCCAUGCAGCCCACCGAGGAGCAUGUGGCCAGCCGGCUGACCUCGCCCGUUGUCUCCACCCACCUCGACACCAAGAACAUCGCCUUCGAGCGGAACAAGUCUGGGAUCUGGGGCUGGCGCUCGGAGAAGAUGGAAGUGAUCAGUGGCUAUGAAGCCAAGGUUUACAGCGCCAGCAACGUGGAGCUCAUCACUAAAACAAGAACCGAGCACCUAUCGGACCAGGACAAGUCCCGCACCAAAGGCUCCAAGACGCCCUUCCAAUCCUUCCUGGGGAUCGCCCAGCAGCAUGCCUCCCACAAUGGGGCCCCCGUGCUGCAGUCCGCCACUCUCACCAACCCCACGGCCAUCACCCCCGAGGAGUACUUCGACCCCAGCUUCAACCUGGAGGCCCGCAACAUUGGCCGCCCUAUUGAGAUGUCCAACAAGGUGCAGAGGUUCAAGGCCACGCUGUGGCUGUGCGAGGAUCACCCCCUGUCGCUGGUGGAGCAGGUAACGCCCAUCAUCGACCUCAUGGCCAUCAGCAACGCUCACUUCGCCAAGCUGCGUGAUUUCAUCACCCUCAAGCUGCCGCCCGGCUUCCCCGUCAAAAUUGAGAUCCCCCUCUUCCAUGUGCUCAAUGCACGAAUCACCUUCAGCAACCUGUGUGGGUGUGAUGAGUCGCUGAGCUCCGUGCGAGUCUGCGGCCCUGCCCCCAGCUCCUCCCCAGGGGAUGCCAGAGAGCCAGCUGCAGGGGCAGAGGCGCCCCCCAACCCCAAAGUGUUCCCGUUCCCCUGCGAGGUGGACCCGGUGGUGUUCGAGGUGCCCCAGGGCUACGCUAUGCUGGGUGCUGGCCGCAAUGAGCCCAUGCGGGACGAGGAUGACGACCUGCUGCAGUUUGCCAUCCAGCAGAGCCUGCUCGAUGCUGGCACCGAGACCGACCAGGUCACUAUCUGGGAGGCGCUAACCAACACACGUCCAGGCUCCAACCCCGCUUCCUAUGACGAAGAGUUGCAGCUGGAGCGCGCCAUCCAGGAGAGCAUGUUCCUGCAGUCGGGGCAAGGCCUGGCUGCGACUGAGUCUGGUGGCGGAGGCAACAGCGACAACAGCAUCGUCCCUCCUGAUGACAGCCCAGCCCCCAGCACCAAUGGCUCCUCCUCCUCGGCCCUGCCUCCCCCGGCCUACCCCAGCUUCGACGAGCAGCUGCGCCUGGCCAUGGAGCUGUCGUCGCGGGAGCAGGAGGAGCAGGAGCGCCAGCGGCGUGAGGAGGAUGAGGAGCUGCAGCGCAUCCUCCAGCUCUCCCUGACGGAGAAGUAAUGCCCAGCCUACCAGCAGGGGGCCCUGAACCCAGCCUCCCCCAAGACUCCCAGGGGCUCCCCAGUGCCCUGGCUUUGCUGUUGUAUUUUUAACCUUGAGGGGGGGUACCCGUCCCAUUCCCCACCCCCUGUCUUGCAGGGGGCAGGACUGGACUUGACGAGACACCCUCUGCCUUUCCCAGGGCUCUCAGUCCCGCUGCCUCUUGAGUCUUAUUUAAUUUAACUCGUAUUUUUUUUUUUGUU